AUGGCGACACCCACCCCUACAAACGGGCCCGACUCAGUCGGCCAGCUCCCGGCCGGCGUCAUUCGCCCUCCCAAGGAACUCCACGAAACAAUCGAGAAGACCGCAGGCUACGUCUCCCGCAACGGCAAGGUCUUCAUCGAGCGCCUUCGUGCAAACCACCGGACCAACCCCAAGUUCUCCUUCGUCUUCGAAGAAGACCCGUUCUUUGCUUAUUUCCAGUGGCGCAUUGAGGAACACAAGAGCGGCCGCGGAGCUCAGACUGGCGCAGGACAACUGGGUGCGGAUGGCGCUAUCCAGCAAGCCAGGCCGUCAGGCCCGACCGAGCCGCCCGAGUUCCACUUCUCUGCACGUAUGCCAAACAUCAACGCGCAGGAUCUCGACGUCGUCAAACUAACCGCUCGCUUCACUGCGAAGAACGGACGUGCCUUCACGACUCAGCUCGCCCAGCGCGAGGCCAGCAACUCGCAGUUUGACUUCCUUCGCCCCCAACACAGCCUGAACCAGUUCUUCAACCGUCUGGUCGAGCAGUACAAGGAACUUUUGUCGGGCGAGAAUGAGGAGGAGCGCAAGGCACAACUGGAGGAAAACGUCAGGAACAAGUUCAACAUGCUUGAGAAGGCCAAGGCACGUGCCGAGUGGACCAAAUACCAAGAGAAGCAGCGUCAAGAAAAGGAGCAGAAGGACGAGGAUGAGCGCGUCGCCUACGCCGAGAUCGACUGGCAUGACUUUGUCGUCGUUGAGACGGUGCUCUUCACCGAUGGUGAUGAGCAGACGGAGCUCCCACCUCCGACCUCACUCAAUGACCUGCAGAGCGCCUCGCUGGAGCAGAAGGCUGCCAUGUCCCUUCGCCCCCACAACAUGCGCAUUGAGGAAGCAAUGCCCGAUGAGGAUCUCUCUCAAUGGAAUCAACCUCCCCCGGCCGUCCAAAUGCCCCAGCCCCAAGUUCUGCCCUACCAACCUCACCCUCAGGCAACGUAUGCGACAGGCCAGAUCCCCCAACGCACGGCACAAGAGGAGGAGGAGGAGCGUCUCAUUCGCGAGAGGAGGGAGCAGAUGGAGCGGGCGCAGCACGCUCAGGCUGCUGCCAAGGCUGGACCGCCGCAGAUGAAGAUUAGGAGCGACUACGUACCGAGAGCCCAGGCUAAGCGCAAGGUUGCUAAUCAGACCGCUUGCCCGAACUGCAACCAGCUGAUUGACGUCGACGAGCUCGAGCAGCACAUGAAGAUCGAGCUCCUCGAUCCUCAGUGGAAGGAGCAGAAGGCCAAGGCGGACGCUCGCUUUUCCACCAGCAACCUGUCGACGCAAGAUGUCGCAAACAAUCUCAAGCGUCUUGCCAGUCAGCGCGACGACAUCUUCGAUCCGACGACCGGAGCCCGCAUCUCUGCCGAGGAGGAAGCCAGGAGAAAGAGGGCGGCCAACGGAUACGAUGGACAGCCUACGAAUGCAGAUGCGACCCAGAUGGCUCAGAUGCAGGGCAUGAACAUCCAGGAACAGAUCCGCCAGAUUCACCAGAAGUUCAAGCAGUGA